AUGUUCCUUCCUUGUUUUUACUUGAACUUAUUUUACAGCAUUCACCUGAGUGAUGAGGAGAAUAAAAGAGUUUAUGGAAAAUGCAACAAUCCCAACGGUCACGGACACAACUACAAAGUGGAGGUAACAGUGCGUGGAAAGAUCGAUGCUCACACCGGGAUGGUCAUGAACCUGACAGACUUGAAGGCGCACAUCGAGGAAGUCAUCAUGAUUCCACUGGACCAUAAAAACCUGGAUAAGGACGUUCCAUACUUUGCCAAAGUUGUCAGCACCACUGAGAACGUGGCUGUUUACAUCUGGGAUCACAUGGUGAAGCUGCUGCCGCCCAGCCUGCUGUACGAGAUUAAGAUCCACGAGACCGAUAAGAAUAUUGUCAUUUACCGAGGAGAGUAGAACGCUGUUUGAUGUUUGAUGCAAUCCAAAAGUAUUCUUGUAGGUUUUCUAUUCAUGAAAAGGUGAAAACAUAAUGUGUACCCUGGCAGUGUCAGCAGGUUGUACCUGGCUCAACCAAAGGCUUUUAAUUGUUAUUUUUUCUGAAUUAUUUUCUAACUUUUGAACGGAUUUUCCGCAUCUCUUUUACUGCUUUUAGACCUUUUACAAACCCAAGAACCCACACUGCUGAGAAAAGUAAUUUUGUGAUCGAAUGUUAUUUGUCUUCUUAGGCAUAACGUAUUCAAUUUAUUUUGAAAAAUACCAAUGACCAAUAAAACAACAACUUGAGAACCAAAGAGUAACACUUUAUGAUACAGACCCAUGGUAUAGUUACACAACACUGAUGGUGUCAUAUUGUCAAACAUAAAUAAUGUUUUUUACAUUUUCUUAUAGGUAUUUUUUCAAGCAAAGGAUUUAAAAACUUCUUCCAGCACUACCUCACAAUCAACAUGUCACUCGUUAACCAGCCAAGUUAUCAUUUAUGUUAAAAGAAUAACUGGCAUGGAUACACACAAUUCAUUGGUAUGUAUAGUUUAACUAAACAAGAAUGACUGUUGUACUUUAUACAAUAAUAAUAAUAACUUUAUUUGUAUAGCACUGUUCAUGUAAGAAUUGAGCCCAAAGCGCCCAACAGAAUAAAUGGACAUUGAAUGAGCUAAAAUACUUUUUGACACCAUCGGUAGGACUGUGUACUGCAUCAACCACACAUAUAAGUUUAGCUAUACGUACUUGUACACACGAUAAACUAAACGGGGAACCAGUCAGAGAAAAACAGCUACGAGACUCCUUUACUGAACGGUGCUCUGAACAGCCAAUCAAGUGCUGUGGAUGCUGCAAAAGAAAAGACCUCCUCCUCCGACCAGACUCUGCUAACUCCAACUCUGUACAUACACACGGCCAGUCAGUGACUGAGAUAGAACAAGUGUUUAUUUCUAGGUGAGACGCUCUUUGUUCCAACAACACAGUACAGCUCUGUACACACAGAGGACAUCAAUGUUACUUUAAUAAUACACUGACAGAGCAUUGGUUA